AUGGAGAAAAAUGACGUACUGUUCCUCGCCGAUCAGCCGACGGUGAUGGUGACUAACGACGACGGAAUCGAUGCCCCGGGGUUACGUGCUCUCGUCCACGUCCUCGUCUCCUUCAACCGCUUUAAUGUCCUCGUCUGUGCUCCUGACUCCGAAAAGUCGGCUGUUAGUCAUAGCAUUACUUGGCGAAGCGCUGUUUCAGUUAAGCCUGUGGAAAUCAGUGGAGCUACUGCUUUUGCAGUUUCUGGAACUCCCGCUGACUGUACAUCUUUGGGAAUUUCAAAAGCUCUCUUCCCUUCAGUACCUGAUCUGGUGAUUAGUGGCAUCAAUAUGGGCAGUAACUGUGGUUAUCACGUGGUAUAUUCAGGGACGGUAGCUGGCGCUCGGGAGGCUUUUUUCAAUGGUGUACCAUCUGUGUCUAUAUCAUAUGACUGGGCUGGAGGGAGGAGUAAUGUCAAUGAUUUCAGGCUGGCGGCAGAGGCAUGCUUACCAAUAAUCAGCGCAAUAUUGGUUGAAAUCAAGAAAAAAACUUAUCCUCAAAACUGUUUUCUGAAUAUAGAUGUGCCAACAAAUGUUGUCUGUCAUAAGGGUUAUCAGCAAACUAAGCAGGGUAAGAGUAUUGUGAAAAUGGGAUGGAGGCAAGUUACUUCUGAUGCUCAAGGAGGAAAGAUGUUAUCAACAAUGACUAUGGAGAUGAAUUCAUCAUCAAAUUUUGAGUCCGAUGCUUUGAGUGCACCUCAUGACCAUCUUAUGUUCAAGAGACAAGUGAGGGGAUCAUACGUGGAAGACGGAGAUACAGACUACAGUUCCCUUCAAAGAGGAUAUAUAACUAUUACUCCUCUAGGUGCCUUGUCUCAUGCAGAGUUAGACGCCCAAGCGUACUUUAAAGAAUGGCUGCCAGGUGUUACUGAACGUUACUUUUCUUCUGCAUUGUAA